AUGAUUAUAUCCUUGAAUAAAUAUCUUUUACUGCGAGGAGGCCGAUCUCCUUCACGAGAUCUACUCCACGGCGAUUCCAUGAUUGGCACUAUGAACAGCGACUACAGCAGUAAACAUGGAAUUUCAACUAUUCCUAAAGGAGAUUGUGCACAAUGUGGAAAGCCAAUAAUUGGACAAAACAUUAUACGUGUUGCGAAUGUGGGUCAGAGCUUGGGCAUAGAAAUUUCUUUGAAAGGUAAAGUAGCGUGUGAUUUUCUACAUACAGAUGCCUUGAUAACGCUCAUUAAAGGAAUGGCCGUGCAUAUUGUGAGGAGGACUAUCAUAAUCAAUUCAGCCCAAGAUGUGCUGGAUGAUGGCCAAACAUAUUGUCGUCGCGAUUUCUUCCGACUUUUUGCGCCGAAAUGCAAUGGAUGCCAAAAUCCCAUCACCAGCAACUUUAUAACGGCUCUUGGAACUCAUUGGCAUCCGGAAUGCUUCGUUUGCCAGGUACGGUCUUUGAUUUUUUCUUCAAUCUGGGUAUAGCU